AAUGGAGGGAGGAUGCGGUGGGGAGUAGUCAGAUGUGCACCUCUUACCCAUUGGUUGCCUCAGACACAGUAGCGCUCCCUCUCCCUCUCUCAUAAAUGCGCUCUCACCGCGGACCGUACCAGAUAAUCACAGGCCACUGUGAGAAGGACACACCUUCCGCUGAUUCUGAUUUUUUUUUUUUUAGCAACAGUUUACUCGGGGAUGCGUUUUGAUUCACGAAAAGGUGUCGUCAGUCCGAGAUUUGAGUCGUCCUUUCAGUCUGCAGUUUCGCAUUUGUGCGAUUUUUUGCGCAUUGGUUGCGGCACUGCCCCGCUCCAACUCGAAGAUGACUGGGGUUUUUGAGAACUUAAAUACUGAUAUGCAUUCGAACCAGAUUACCUCUAGCAGCUACCACAGUUUGCACAAAUCGCAGGAGUCGCCGACUCUGCCGGUAUCCACGGCGACGGACAGCAGCUAUUACAACAGCCAGCAGCCAGGCCACUGCGCCGGGUCUCCGUUUGGCCAGCUCGGCUCUUACCAGUACCACGGCAGCGCCACAAGCUCCGUGCCGUACAACGCAAAGGCAUACGAUCUCGGUUUCAACUCAUCUUAUGGUGCAUACAGCUCCUACGGCUCCAACUCCUCUCCGACUCCAGCAGAUACAGAGAAAGAAGAGAGCGAGCCAGAAAUCCGGAUGGUUAAUGGAAAACCAAAGAAGGUCAGGAAACCUCGAACCAUUUAUUCCAGCUUCCAGCUGGCUGCACUUCAACGGAGGUUUCAGAAGACGCAGUAUUUGGCUCUGCCAGAACGGGCCGAGCUGGCAGCCUCGCUGGGCCUUACGCAAACACAGGUCAAAAUAUGGUUCCAAAACCGACGCUCCAAGUUCAAGAAGUUGUGGAAAAGUGGAGAAAUCCCCCCGGAUCAACACGUGGCUUCCAGCGAAUCUCCCCCAUGCACGUCUCCGCCAACUACUGCCUGGGACUUUCCACAGACUCAAAGAAUGAACAGUGUCAGCUCUAGUUUACCUCAGAGCAGCAGCCCUCCCAACACGACUGCGCCCUCGUCGUUUUUGGCAAACUACUCCUGGUACUCAACCACGAACUCUACGACGCAUCUGCAGUCUCCUCUGGUCCAGCACCACCACAACUCCGCCAUAAGCGCCGGGACGAUAUUCUGAAAUAAUAACAAUAUCGAUAAUAAUGAUAAAAAACACAUCGGGUUUAAAUCGGACAAUACUGGUGAAAAAAAAAAAAUGCCAAUACCUUCAUUUUACAGACCUCGUGUGUGCGCCAUGCGAACUUUACAAGCAAAAGUUAAAGAAGCCAGACAGGACCCUGGCGAAUGGUAGACACAGAUUUCUACAGUUAUUUUUGUAUUUAUUUAUUUUGUUUAUGUGAGGGAUGAAUGAACCACUAUUACCCAAAGCAAUCACAGCCUGGGCGCAAGCCUUUUUACGCGGACGUCACUUUUUUGCCAUUCCUGCAAAAUAAAACCUUCACCGCAGGACAACCUGUCACAGAUGUAGCACAAGUUAACUGUAUCGUGCCUUUUUCAAUAUGACCUCAUUUUGUUGUGCGAUUAAAAAAAAAAGGAAAGAAAAAAAACAGCUCACAUUUAUCCAUUCCUCGUGUAGUUGUUUUGAAUAUAAUGGGGGUAAGUGUCUGAAUUCACGACUGUAAAUACUUUACCACAGCUUUUUGAUAGCCCACGUCGCUUUUUUAGGCUACUGGUGCAAAUCAAUUAACCACCGCGAGCUACUGAUUGUCCUACCCUCUGAUUUACUUGUAUCACACUUAAUUGUAUUUUUGUCUUAUUUAUUUUUAGUGUUCCAUAUAUGGCCAGACGUUAUUUAAAUAAAAUGUUUUCUGUG